GCAGGAACCCUAGGUUGAAAAUGCUAAAGUAGGCAGGAAGAGUCCUUUACGGCACCGGCUUUUUUGGGUUUGUGGAAUCACUUAUCAAUCCAACUGCCAAGUCAAACGGGAGGAAAUUCGCCGGCUAUAGCCAAGAAAGGGCAGUGGAAAUCUCCAAUACCAGUAGAAGGUAUCACUGAAGUGACUUUCGUGGCACAUUACAACAAAAACUUGUUGAAAUUUACAGUAUAUUGACUAAGUUACAUUGUAACGCGGCUCAGCAUCCACCUCAUCACUUCUCAGCUGGCAGACGUAGCUAAAAUAGCUAACGUUAGCUAGCUAGCUAUUUUGCCGGUUGCUAGUACGCCAACCGAGUUAGCAGAGAAUUAAAGAAGUCAACCGUUAUGGGCCAAACCUGGAUAACGGUGGAAUGAGAUAGUUACAUUGCAAAGUUUACAUUUGACUGUUUAGUCUGCACUACUUUUAGCAGUCCUUCUGAGCAAUUUAGUUAGAACGCACGUGACGUGGUGGCUAAAAUAGACUUGUCCAUAUUUGGCAGAUAUAGUAAAAUAUCGGCUAUCGAUUGUAAUAGUUUGAUAAUAUUGGUUCCAUCCGUAUGAUGCACAAGCAAGGGUCGUUCGUGUCCCCCUUGCUCAGCGGGGUCUUUUGUCAAUGCCAAGCAGAUGAGGCGCACGGAGGUUCUGACCCAGGUGGCGGGGUCGAGGAUACUGGGGGUCCAUCCUUCUCAUCCCCACCUCGGGCUCGGCCGUUGUCAGGGGUGAACACAGGUUCCUGUGAUGACUCCUGUGAACCAUCGUAUCUAUGCGAACUUUGUGGUGGACCCGAGCAGGACCACAGACUGAAAGUGCUGUUUCAAGUCCUGGACGUGAAUGGUGAUGGGGGCAUCUGCGUCAACGACCUGUCCAUUGGGCUCAAGAAACUGGGCGUUCAUCGCACAGAACUCGAGCUUAUGAAAAUAGUUAAAGCGGGAGAUAAGGACCUGGACGGCCAGUUGGACUUCGAAGAGUUUGUCCACUAUCUGAGAGACCACGAGAAGAAGCUCCGGCUGGUCUUCAAAAGCCUGGACACUAAGAACGAUGGUCGUAUUGACAAGCAGGAAAUCAUGCAGUCCCUUCGAGACCUGGGGGUUAACAUCUCCGAGCAGCAGACAGAGAAGAUCCUCAAAAGCAUGGACAAGAAUGGCACGAUGACCAUCGACUGGAACGAGUGGAGAGACUACCACCUACUGCACCCCGCCGAUAACAUUCCCGAGAUCAUCCUGCACUGGAAACACUCAACGAUAUUCGAUGUGGGGGAGAGUUUGAUGGUGCCAGAUGAGUUUACUGCCGAGGAAAAGAAGACUGGGAUGUGGUGGCGACACUUAGUGGCUGGAGGGGCAGCCGGCGCCGUGUCUCGAACCUGCACCGCACCCCUGGACCGGCUCAAAGUGCUAAUGCAGGUCCACGCCUCCCGUACCAACAGCAUGUGCAUCGCCGGCGGCUUCACCCACAUGAUACGCGAGGGCGGUAUGUGGUCACUAUGGCGAGGCAAUGGCAUGAACGUCAUCAAGAUCGCCCCUGAGUCAGCCAUCAAGUUCAUGGCUUACGAGCAGAUCAAACGUUUGAUAGGCAGUAACCAGGAGACACUGGGCAUCCUGGAGAGGUUUGUGGCAGGAUCUCUGGCUGGAGCCAUCGCCCAGAGCAGCAUCUACCCCAUGGAGGUGUUGAAGACCCGCCUAGCCCUGAGGAAGACGGGACAGUUCUCCGGCAUCGCUGACUGCGCCAAACACAUCUUCCGGAAGGAGGGCAUGGCCGCCUUCUACAAGGGCUACAUUCCCAACUUGAUAGGCAUCAUCCCCUACGCUGGCAUCGACCUGGCUGUCUACGAGACUCUGAAGAACUCAUGGCUGCAGCGCUAUGCCACAGACAGUGCUGACCCAGGGGUGUUCGUGCUGUUAGCCUGCGGUACCACCUCCAGCACCUGUGGACAGCUGGCCAGCUACCCCCUGGCCCUGGUCAGGACCCGAAUGCAGGCUCAAGCCACCAUCGAGGGCGGUCCCCAGAUGACCAUGUCGGGGCUGUUCAAACACAUUGUGAAGACUGAGGGUGCAUUCGGACUUUACCGAGGCCUGGCCCCAAACUUCAUGAAGGUCAUUCCAGCGGUCAGCAUCAGCUACGUGGUCUACGAGAACCUCAAGAUGAGUCUGGGGGUGGUGUCACGUUGAGGCCUGGGGGGUAUCACCUCCCCUUAAGGCCAAAUUGUUCAUUUUUGCUUUGCCAAGCAACGGUGCGGGUGACUCGGGGGAAAAAGGGAGGAGUCUCAGCAGACAGAGCUGGGGUUGUUAGAGACAAUCUCAUCAGAUAUUACAACACUAAGGACAAAAAAACGAUGGAGAGUUUGGAACGGACACUAUGACUGGAAGGGAGGUGGGGAUGGAGAUCCUCUCGCGUAGCUGUAACCUUAAAAGUAUCAUUAUGUAAGGAGUUAUUUUGUUAUCAAUCCAGAGACACAACACCAUGAGUCCACUGUUGGCUUUUUAUUAUCAAACUGAAGACUCAGGUGAACUGAAAAGCAAUGUCUUCACUGGAACUCCAGUAUUCUCCAACUUGCUUGAAAUUUGUUAACGGAAAUGUAUUUCCUGUUAUGUUCACUCAAUAGUACUAUCCUAUAGGUGGCAGUAUUAGUCAACCUAUCUGGCUUGUGAAAGACUACUUUUCUAAUUGUCAUCUAAAGUUGUCCUAUGUAAUAUGUAUCCGCCUUAAUGCAGCAUUCAUUAACAUGUAAGAGGCUGCAACUAUUAGGGCAUUGGCUGUUAUUUGUCUGGAGGGAGCAAAACCUCAACUCACAAUUUUGAUUAAUCUGGUUAAUUCCAUAUUUUUCCGUUUUCUCAUUGUAUAGCUUGAUGAGAAUUGUUAAACAACUGAUUUGAAAAGAAAGGGCGAUGCAGGUUGGAUGCCCAUAGUGUAUUAUUGUCCACUUAGUCUUAAAACCGCUGGUAAGAAGUGUGUAUGUCUUGAUGCUAAGACAUUUUUUUUGUAUUGUAACCCGAUAUUUAAAUAAAUAUGGUCCAAGACAGGCAACGCUCAAAGAAUAGAUACUGUUAGCAGAUGUUUAGUUACGAUACUAUAACAUAUUCAGAAACUGUUAAUAUAUUGUUUUCCAAGAUACAAUGCAACACAUAAUGAUACCUACUGAUCAAGGUUUGAGACGUUACGCUGUCACAACCUGUGUAACAUUUCAGACAGGAAGAUGGCGAUAUUGAGUCGUUUCUGGGGGGGGGAAACAGGGAAAGUUUGCAUGUUUUCAUUUUGAAAAACCAUUUUCCACCAUCAUGCUACAGUGGCUAAUUCUAGCCCCGGUCCACAGUAGCAUUUUGAAACUAUAGCGGUUUUUGAAUGCCCAUUAACAUACUAUAUACUUAGUUAACUUUAGUAUACAGUAAACAAACGGUAUCGUUUCAGUUGAGCGUACUAGAGCAUCGCCUGUCUACCGGAAGUGGAUGCUGUUGCUAUGGAACCUUUUGCUAGCUUGUUAGCAUAACAAAUGACUAGCUAAACAUUUUACGAUUUCGGGUGUGUUUGUAAAUUCAAUCUGGAGUGAUAGUGCGCUCUGGGCGUUCGUAAAUCCAGAGUGUUGUCCCUUUUUGUAAAUUCAUCAGUUAUUCUGUGCGAGAGUGCUCUGAAAUCAGAGUAGAUGUAGAAUGAUGUAAAUAAUCAUGUCACUAAACGUUGGGUAGUUAGUUAGAUAGCUAAUAUGCUGUCUGGCAAGUUUGAUGUUUUAGUAACUAGUUAACAUACCUGUACAUACUGCUGUAAUGCUAUAUGGUUCGUUAUUAGAAAAGUCAUUACAUUGCUCAACAUUUGUCCAAAUUAGUUAAAGCAAUUCAUUUGUAUCUGCUCUCAUCGUACUUCGGUUACAUAUUUUAUGCCAUUUUCUUUAAAUCUGAAAAGUUGAAGCCACGCACAUUUUCUGAAUUGCAUUAUGGGCCCUAAAAGCAUCCACUGCAUGUAUACUUGAUAUUUUGGCAAACUUUUGGCAUAUUAUGACCAAUAAAUAUACUAUAUACUCAAUUCAUGUCACAAAUAGUACAGUUAGUACGGUUAGUAUCAGUAUUCGAACGCAGCUCAGGGGUGAAAAGACAGACUGCAACAACCAGCAUUAUUCACUGUAUCAUGGUGGUGGAAAACGGUGUUUCAUAAGGAAAGCACAGACAUUUUCCCUGUUUUUUUCGGUCUUCUCUCCAUUAAAUCGAGUUAUGGAAGGAAUCGACACCUUUACAGCCUGAAUGGAGAAUGUUUUCUGUACAAUCCGGCCCACGGGGAUACGAGUAUAAAGCCGGCUGCAUAGAUUUUCUUUGGACGGUAAAAUGAAAUGACUCAAUAUCAACAUCUGACAGCCUUUGAGCUAGUAUUUCUUGAGUUUGGGACUUGUUUGUUUUGAGUUUAGUCGGUUGUCACUAUUUAGCUAAAUGCUUUUUCUAGUUGGUGCAGCUCCGCAAAAAUAAGUACUAAUCUUUUGCACUUUUGCUUUAGAGCAAAUCCCGGAGCCUGAAUCCAUAUUUUCUCUCCACAAGAGGAUGGAAAGGGCUGUGUCUGUAUUAUUGUACCCUACCUAAGGAUACCACUCCAUACUGCCUGAAGUGUAGCGCCUUAUUUCCUGCAUUGACGAGCAGGAAAUCAGACUACGCUUUUGUAAACUUGAAAUUCAUAUUGUCCCCCCCCUAUAUCGCUGAAGGCUAAAAUGUAUAGUGUAUCUAUACACUAUACAAAACAUUAAGAACACCAUUUUUCCAUGAUGUAGACUGACCAGGUGAAUCCGGGUGAAAUGAUCCCUUAUUGACGUCACUUGUUAAAUCCACAUCAGUCGUUGAAGAUGAAAGGGAGGAGACAUGUUGAAUAAGGAUUUUUAAGCCUUGAGACAAUUGAGUCAUGGAUUGUGUGCCAUUCAGAGGGUAAAUUGGAAAGACAAAAGAUUUAAGUGCCUAUGAACGGGGUUUGUUAGCAUGUUUCAAGUGCACCAGUUUGUGUUUAGGACUCCAACGCUGCUGGGAUUUUCACGCUCAACAGUUUCCUGUGUGUAUAAAGAAUGGUCCACCACCCAAAGGACAUCCAGCCAACUCAAUAUUGGGAAGGUGUUCCUAAUGUUUGGUAUAUUCAGUAGUCUUUAGGUGGUCUCUUGAAUCAAAACAGCCCAUACACGGUAUUGAAAUAUUUUACAAAACAUAUCCAGACUAAAUCCUCAUUUACAGUGAGCUACAAAAGUAUUGGGACAGUGACAUGUUUUUGUUUGUUUUGGUUCUGUACUCCAGCACUUUGGAUUCCUAAUGAUACUAUGGGGUUAAAGUGCAGACUGUUCGCUUUAAUUUGAGGGUAUCUUUGUCCAUAUUGGGUGACUGUUUAGAAAUUACAGCACUUGUACAUAAUCCCUCCAUUUUAGGGAGUCAAAGGUUUAGUACAGUAUAUGGUCCCAUAUUCCUAGCACACAAUGAUUACAUCAGGCUUGUUACUCUACAAACUUGUUGGAUGCAUUUGCUGUUUUUGUUUUUUUGUUGUGUUUCAGAUUAUUUUGUGCCCAAUAGAAAUGAAUGGUACAUAAUGUAUUAGGUCAUUUUGGAGUUGCUUUUAUUGUAAAUAAGAAUAGAAUGUUCUCAACAACCUCUACAUUCAUGUGGAUGUUACCAUGGUUACAGAUCAUCCUGAACUGUGAAUAAUGAGUGAGGAAGUUACACAAACAUCAUACCCCCCCCCCCCCAAAAAAAAAUACUAACCUCCCCUCCCCUUAUUUUAAUGGUGAGGUGUUAACAUGUCUUAGGGGUAUGAUAUUUGUGUAACUUUCUCACUCAUCAUUAUUUACGAUACAUUCAGGACUAUCCAUAAUCAUGUAGAAGUGUUGAGAAAUAAUCAUAUAUUCUUAUUUACAAUAAGUGUGACUCAAGUCUCAAUACAUUAUUUACCGAAGUGCUGGAGUACAGAGCCAAAACAACAAAAACAAUUUGUCACUGUCCCAAUACUUUGAGCUCAAUGCAUUUAGAAAAUGAUUGUAUGUAUCGGAACCUAUGUAAAUGACCCAUUGUCGUCCUUUGUAGAAGAAUGCCAUCUAUUGAAUGAAUGUAAAGCUAAAUGUAUUUAUGCUUCUAUGGGAACAACUGUUCAUAAAGUAACUCAAUAUUA